CUUAUUUUACUACAGGUUUAACUAAAUGGAAUACCGAUGGUACUCAUUACUUGAGUUGUGGUCAAAAGCAGACGGUAAUUACAUAGUCCCGGAAGUUGUGGACUUUUUUCGAGUAAGUGCCAUAAUGUCAUGUGUACACAAUAAACAUGGCGAAACUCAGCGAAGAUUUGAAGGCGUACAUGUCAAAUAGUCAGUCGAAAGAACCGUUCUUGUCGGGUGAAAAUAAUUCUCGUGGAUCAUUCAGCUUUGGGAAGUUAAAUCCAUUUAAGAAAUCUCAACAAACGUCCUACGAUGAUACAAGUGAAGUUGCGAACAGUUGGUUUUCACAGGCUCAAAAAGAUCCGCUCUGUCCAGGAUUGUCAAAGAAGCAAAGAAUUCUUGGAUUUGUUCUCUGCUUGCUGAUGGGGACGUUUUGCUUCUCCUUGGCCUGCCUAUAUAUACCAGUGCUGGUUUUGAAGGCCAGAAAGUUUGCCAUGCUUUACACCGUUGGAAGUUUAUUUAUUAUAUGCAGUUUUUCAAUGCUAUGGGGUCCAAUGAACCACAUAAAGCAUCUGUUCUCUAGAGACCGCCUGCCAUUCUCGAUAGCGUAUUUCGGGACAAUGUUUGCAACUAUAUAUUUCUCAAUAUGGGAAAAAAGUACUGUCCUGACAGUGUUUUUUGCUGCAAUUCAGAUUCUAGCACUAGUUUGGUAUAUAAUGAGCUACAUUCCUGGAGGCCAGACUGGUAUGAAGUUCUUCUCUAAAGUCUUCUACGCAGCUGCUUCAAAAACUACAAAAACUAUACUUCCAGUCUAGCAUGAGCUUUAAUUGCAUUCAGAUCCUCAUUUUCAUCAUCAAACUUGAUUGAAAUGCCAAAUAAAGUUUGUAUAGUUUUAAUAAAGUAAUGAUAGAAAAAUAA